AUGACGCUCGAGAAUGAUGAACUCGAAAAUGCGCCUAGUACCUCUAAUACCCCCGAAGUGGGAGACUCACCUUCCGGAGAGAUCCUCCCAAGGGAUAGGCAACUGAAAACUCCCACCUACGAUUACGCAUAUGAAAAAUCAAUGAGUCACGCUGAAGCAAAGCUUUUCUACCAACAACACCAGUUUGCCUCUCGGAGUACUGAUGGUGAAGUUUCCCAGACCGCGGUUCCUCCAAGUUCUUUUACCUCAGCUUCACUAGCAGAUGAUCCAGAAUGUGACAUUCCAGCUCUCAAGCAUAAGGACAGUUCAAGUCACUUGGUUACUACCGAUACUACUGAUUGGGCCGGGCAGCAUUCGACUGGUGAUCAGUGGAGCACCUAUUCUGAUACGCAGGGUGUCGAUUCGCAUGAAGAGCAUUCAGAGAACAUCAUUUCCAGUACGGAACAAGUUCCCAGACCUCAUACAAUGUCUCAUGAAGGCUCGGGUGAUCCCGCAGCCAAAGCUCCUGGAACAGAUGCGACUCGGCCUAUAUACGAUGGACUGGGAACUAUGGAAAGCAUGGUGAAUAUUACAUCGAACAGCAACACUGUCGCAUCGGAAUUGAAUGUCAUUUGCCGCAAAAUUAAGGGCUUGUUGGAGCGACGGUCCCAAUAUAUCCAACUGUCCAUGCAAAGUUCUCAGGAUAACCCCAGAGACCGCCCUGGGUGGGGCGUUUACCCACCUCCCCCAGAGCCGGCCUGGGAAAAUGACAAAGACACUGGCAAAUUCAAUGAUCAUACUCAAACUGAACAGAAGAGAAGAAAGAUGGGUCAGGAUAUUGGUGAAGAUUUCGAUAUAGCCGACUGCCUGCCUCUACCCGGGGAAUCAUCGUGGGUCUUCAAGUUGGAUGAAAACAGCGUGUAUCAAGUUUACGAAACCGAUGUUGCCGUUGAUUCAGCCCAACCGAUUGUUCGAAUUCCUUCGUUGCGGGAUUUCUACAUGGACCUUGAUGCGAUCAUAGAUGUAUCCUCUGACGGGCCGGCAAAGAGCUUUGCGUUUAAACGACUCUCUUAUCUGGAAGGAAAAUUUCAACUGUAUACGCUAUUGAAUGAGUACCAGGAAAUAGCCGAUAGCAAGAAGGUUCCUCACAGAGAUUUUUACAAUGUCCGUAAGGUGGACACGCAUGUCCAUCACUCGGCCUGUAUGAAUCAAAAGCACCUUCUUCGAUUCAUCAAAAGCAAGAUGAAAAAGUCCCCUGAUGAAGUUGUCUUGUUCAGAGAUGGGAAACACCUAACCUUAAAAGAAGUCUUCGAAAGUAUCAACCUCACUGCAUACGAUUUGAGUAUCGAUACCCUUGAUAUGCACGCACACACCGAUUCCUUCCAUCGGUUCGAUAAAUUCAACCUGAAGUAUAACCCGGUGGGCGAAUCGAGAUUAAGGGAAAUCUUUCUUAAAACAGACAACUAUAUCAAAGGGAGAUACUUGGCGGAGAUAACCAAAGAAGUUAUAGCCGACUUAGAAUCAAGCAAGUAUCAAAUGGUGGAAUGGCGCAUCUCAAUUUACGGGCGAUCCAUUCAGGAAUGGGACAAACUUGCUGCCUGGGUGGUUGACAAUAAAUUGUUUUCCCCCAAUGUCCGCUGGCUUAUCCAAGUUCCUCGACUCUAUGACGUUUACAAAUCGAGCGGUAUGAUGGAAAACUUCGAGCAAGUAAUUACGAAUGUCUUCCAGCCACUGUUUGAAGUGACGAAAGACCCCAGCAGUCAUCCAAAACUCCACAUAUUUCUGCAGCGUGUUGUCGGAUUUGACAGUGUUGACGAUGAGAGCAAAGCGGAGCGUCGACUGUACAGGAAGUACCCAAUUCCAAAGGAAUGGAAUACAAAGCAGAAUCCGCCGUAUAGUUAUUGGGUCUACUUCAUGUUUGCAAACAUUGCAUCUUUGAACACAUGGAGAAAGCAGCGCGGGUUUAACACACGGGGCCUGAAUGUAUCAUUGUCUACAGAUGACCCGUUGCAAUUCGCUUUUACGAAGGAACCAUUGAUAGAAGAGUAUUCAGUGGCCGCGCAAAUCUACAAGUUUAGCGCUGUGGACAUGUGUGAACUUGCGAAGCAUUCGGUAGAGCAGAGUGGUUUUGAGUUAUCAUUAAAGCAAAGAUGGCUUGGUUCCAACUGCUCUUUACCCGGCGUUUCUGGGAAUAAUGUCGCCAAGAGCAAUGUCCCAGAUAUCCGCGAGGAAUUCCGACAUGAAACGCUUGUUGGAGAACUACAGCUCAUUGGGAAAUAUUCCCUUUCGCCUUCGGCUACGUCUUUUCCCCCGGAAACUAAAACUCAUUCAAAGGAUAGGAUGCCAGAGGUUGCGGCUUCGCCGUCUGAGACUUCCGGUUCUACACGCCCCCAGGAUGGGAGUGGCCAACCCGAUAUGUCAGGCACUGGUACUCAGCCCAUAACGGUGACUACAACCCGGCCAGAUGCCUUUUCGGAACAGAAGAUCUUCCCGGGUCUUGUACAUGAGAGGGCCAACAGAGGAAAUGCUUCAAGUCAGCUGUACGAAGAAAGCGUUCAGCCCCACAGCGAUGACUGA